AUGGCAUCCAGCAAAAGACUGAAGCCACCCUUCCUGCAAGAAGAAUAUGUCAGAGUGCCCAGGUUUGUAGCCUCCCACAGUCUCUACUGUUUGUCUAUGGUUGAUAAGAGAGAAAGACGACGCGACUUGUCGCGCGUGAUUGGAGGAAAAAGAAAUUGCUUUGCGGCCGGUACGGAAAUUGCUUUCUUCUCAGCUUCCGCUCCUGGUCCAUGUGAGAGACAGGCUGCUGAGAUGAAGGUGAUACGGCCCAAGGAGAGCCUUCUGGCUUUGAGGGAACAGGAAGAACUAGAGGAUUUGCCAAAUGACUACCCCUCGAGCACCAGUGAAGAUGAGGGGGACAAUGGUGGAGAGCGAAAGCAUCAAAAGCUUCUGGAAGCAAUCAGUUCCCUUGAUGGAAAGGAUAGGCGGAAAUUGGCUGAGAGAUCUGAGGCUAGUCUGAAAGUGUCAGAGUUCACAGUCAGUUCUGAAGGAUCAGGAGAAAGGCUAAUCCUUUCAGAUCUGCUUGAGCCCUUUAAAACAUCAUCCACAUUGGCCACUGUGAAAAAGCAACUGAAUAGAGUCAAAUCAAAGAAGACUGUGGAGUUACCCCUUAACAAAGAAGAGAUUGAGCGGAUCCAUAGAGAAGUGGCAUUCAAUAAAACCUCACAGGCCCUCUCCAAAUGGGAUCCCGUUGUCCUGAAGAACCGACAAGCAGAGCAGCUGGUGUUCCCCCUGAAGAAGGAGCAGUCAGCCUUUGCUCCCAUUGAACAUGUACUCAAUGGCUGGAAGGCAAGAACUCCCUUGGAGCAGGAAAUUUUUAACCUCCUCUAUAAGAAUAAGCAGCCAGUGACAGACCCUUUACUGACUCCUGUGGAAAAGGCCUCUCUCAAAGCCAUGAGCCUGGAAGAGGCUAAGAUGCGCCGAGCAGAGCUUCAGAGGGCCCGGGCUCUGCAGUCUUACUAUGAGGCCAGAGCUCGAAGAGAGAAGAAAAUCAAAAGCAAAAAGUAUCACAGAGUUCUGAAGAAAGGAAAGGCUAAGGAAGCCCUAAAAGAGUUUGAGAAACUGCGGAAGGUCAAUCCUAAUGCUGCACUGGAAGAACUGGAAAAACUCAAAAAGGCCAGAAUAAUGGAGCGAAUGAGCCUUAAGCACCAGAACAGUGGAAAAUGGGCAAAAUCAAAGGCAAUUAUGGCCAAAUAUGACCUGGAGGCUCGCCAGGCUAUGCAGGAUCAGUUGGCCAGGAACAAAGAACUGACGCAGAAAUUCCAGGUGGCCUCCGAGAGUGAAGAAGAGGAGGGAGGUACAGAAGAAGAGGGUGACCUCCUUGUCCCUGAUGUAGUAAAUGAGGUACAGAUGACUUCAGAUGGACCAAAUCCCUGGAUGGUCAGGAAUCACUCUGGUGGUGAAAAACAGGCUGAAAUCCAGAAGGACCCCGAACAACUUCCAGAGCCUGUGGCCAACGAGGCUUCUGAAAGUGAGGGAGAAGAAAGCCCAGUGGCAAAGGAAGAAAUUUUGUUGAAAGAAUUUGAGGAAAGGCGAUCACUUAGUAAAAAGUCUGGGCUCAACCAGGAUGCCAAGCCAGUGGGCAGACAAGAGACAAAAGAUUUUAGCAGCCAGGAGGUGCUGUCUGAAUUGAGAGCACUAUCUCAGAAACUCAACAAGGACAACCAUCAGUCCAGGAAGCAGAAAGUGAGUUCAGCAAGGACAGUUUUGCCAGUCCAGAGAGAGGGACCUGCCAGGGAAGAAGAAGAGCCCUUGUUGCUGCAGACGCUGGAGAGAGCAAAGACUCUAGAGGAGCUGGACAAAGAAGGGUGCUUUCAAAAUAAGGAGCUUUCCAGACCUGCAUUAGAAGGGAAGCAGUUGGAGAAGAAUCCAGAUAAUCAGCCUAGUGCUCCCAAGAAGAAAAGGAAGGAGCAAAUGAUUGACCUGCAGAACAUCCUAACCACAAAAUCUCCUUCCAUGAAGUCUUUGGCAGUUCCCACGACAAUAGAGGAGAUGGAAGAUGAACAGGAGAGAGAUCAAAAGCAAAUGAUAAAGGAAGCUUUUGCUGGUGAUGAUGUCAUCAGAGACUUCUUGAAAGAGAAGAGGGAAGCUGUGGAGGCGAGUAAGCCAAAGGACAUGGACCUGACUCUGCCUGGCUGGGGCGAGUGGGGUGGUGUUGGCCUAAAGCCCAGUUCCAGGAAGAGACACCGGUUUCUCAUUAAAGUACCUGAGGGUUCUCCAAGAAAAGACAAGAAUUUGCCAAAUGUGAUUAUCAAUGAGAAGCGAAACAUCCAUGCAGCAGCUCACCAGGUGCGGGUGCUUCCAUAUCCAUUCACCCACCAUCAACAAUUUGAACGGACCAUCCAGACCCCUAUAGGAUCUACGUGGAACACCCAGAGGGCCUUCCAAAAGCUGACUACGCCCAAGGUUGUCACCAAGCCAGGCCAUAUCAUUAAGCCUAUAAAAGCAGAGGAUGUAGGCUACCGGUCUUCCUCAAGAUCGGACCUCUCUGUCAUACAGAGGAAUCCAAAACAACUCUCCGUACGUCACAAAAAACAACUGAAGAAAAACUAAAGAUUGAGUUGCUUGCAGGAGUGACAUCUUGGUACCCAGAACCAGGAGCCCUGACUGCUCCUCCAUUGGCCUGGUUUUACUCCAAGCUACAGGAUCAAUUUCAAAAUUUGUCAGCACACUGUGGGUAUAGUUAAGCCACAUUUUAGAAAUAAAGGCAUUUUUAUCUAUUUAA